CCCCGCAGUGACGCGUGCGCGCGGCGCGGAGGGCGCGAAGCGGCCAUGGCUGACUCUUUAUCAGAAGUCACAAACAGUGCUGGUCCUGUGGGUGCCAAGGAAGAGAUCUUGCACGAAUGUGAGAGUAUUUGGAAGCAAUUGGAAGAGUGGCAGAGCAAGAUAAUGCUGCUAGGAACUGAGACACUGCUGCCACCAGAUGCCAAGCUGUCCUUGUUAGUGCUGCAAUGGAAAGCUUUAACAGCAGAUUGUCAUCAGUGGCAAGCAAGAAGUCCUGAAGUAAUUGCUACCAAUCGAGAUGUCCUGUUAGAAUUAGGAAAAGAAGAGUUGCAGAAAGUAAAAAAUGAGCUUGAAAUGAUGCUGUCAAUGGUUCAGUCAAAGAAUAAACUACUGGAUGAAGCUCUGAAAAGAGAGCAGCAGUGGUAUGAGGAACAGAAACACAUCGUAGAUACUUUUAAAAAAUUUGAAGAAGAGGCAAAUACCCAAGCUGAACAACCUUCCACAGAAAGAGAAUUCGAUGAACUGAAAAAUAAAAUACUGAAAUUAAAAGCCUGUAAGAAAAAACUCUUGAGGGCUUUGGGUGAAUUCCUGGAUGAACAUUUUCCCCGUCCAGAGAUAGUUGAAAAUACUGAAAAAAAGAACUCUUCUGCAGAGCCACCUGUAGAACUGAUAACAUUGAAGGAAAUUUUAGAGAUUCUGAUAAAAAAAUUAAUGAGCACACCACAUGACCCUUACAUAACAAUCCAUGAGUCAUUUUGGCCACCUUACAUUGAGCUGCUUCUGCGGUAUGGGAUAGCCCUGAUACAUCCAGAAGAUGCAAGCAGGAUGCGCCUCCAAGCUUUUUAGAAGUAGUGUGACCUGCACAAGCACUUGAAAACAAAACAAUACCACCACUCUUAAUUCAGGGCUAGGACACAUUUACGUUUUAUAUUAAGCUUUCUUAGUAUCAACCAUCACUUCUCGUUGGGUGAUUUUAUUACAUCAAGAUUUGCAUUGUGGAAGGUUUUCUUAACUGCUUCUGUGAGAUGCCAAUUCAUGUAAUAGACAAAGAUGUUUAACAGUUCUUUUUACUGUAAAAGUAAUUAUUAAAUUACAUUUUAUUAAUUAAUUUUACAUUUUAUUACUACUUUAUACAUUUAUUAUUACAUUACAUAUUUUAUACAUUACAUAUUUUAUACAUUACUCCUAUGGUUUAGAUUUUUUAGAUUGCCUGAAGUCAUCUCAAUUUUCUUUAGUAUUUUCUUGUACUCUGUAGAAGCAAAAUUCAGAAUAACACCACUCCUGUACAUGGCCUUGCAAACAUUUGGAACUAACAGAGAGUUAUCCUCUCAAGAAUGUUAUGCCUUGUUUGUUUCUCAGAGCCUUUGCAAACAAUUUUAUUGGCUCCAAGAUAAAGACAUAGGAAAGCUGACACAUUUUUCUGUGCAAAGUGCAGCAGAUGUCAAGUCUGCACCUUCCACUGCAUGCUUCCCAAAUGGCCCAUUUUGUGUUAUGCCAUAUUGCCUUGCAGUAUGUGUCUUCACUUUUUCAGAGCUAGUUUAUCAAGGCUUUUCAUGAGUCUUUGUUCUGCUGAUCUCUACUGGUUCUAAGUUAUGUCAGCUGAGAAUUACUUUCUGACUCGAUGCUGGCAUUCUUUGUGAUCUCAGUCUUUUCUGUAGCCAUUUUUAUUGUAUUGUAUUGUAUUGUAUUGAGUACAAAAAUUCUGCUCUUGCGUAUCUGUAGUGACUGAAACUUUGGAAAACUGUUUGUCCUUUUUUAACCAGAUUGUAGUUUAUUGAGGGUGGAACUUCUGUGAUUUCUCAAUUGAUGGAAAAAUAAAGAGUUUUAUACUAUC